ACACCGCUGUGACAUUCUCACACACCAUUCUACACAUUUCCAGUUUGCUUCAGAGACAGCUCACACACCUCGCUGGACAGUCAACAUCACAGUGCUUAAGAAAAUACAAUAAAUAAGCAAACGAGCUAAUCACAACCGUAUACAACACUCAGAGCUCUUCGUUUCAAGCUCAGAAGCCUUCUGACCAUUUUGCAAGUGCAGGAGGGAGAGUUUUGCAGAAGGAAAUUUACAGAGAUGACUCCAGCUGCAGUCCAGUUAUAUCUCCUGUAUAUUAGUGCCUUUAAUUGCAUUAACAGAAACCGAACUAAAGAACAUGUCUUCGUUUUUUUCAUAUCUCUAUUCUGUCCUUUAAACCUUUUUAUUAGAAGUAAUGUACUAGUAAUAUAAUACUAAAGAAAUUAGACUGACUUUUGAACCUGUUUUAAGGCUCCAAGUCAUCUCUAGUAUUGGUUAAAUAAUUUCCAUAUGCCAUGUAGGACAUAUCGCGAGAUUUUGGCGAGAUUUCAUGAAUGCAUACUUGGCGCAUGCGCAAAAUCACGCGCAUGCGAGUUUGAGCUAGUGCGUCAACUUUUCACAGCGUCCACUGAAUGUCGUUACACCGGCUUUGGGGUGUUAUAACGCCUCCCCUGUAACAAUGGCGGCGCAGACCGCGGGAUGUGCAGCCGCAGGCUCGGCGGGGGAUAAAGCGGCCGGCAGCUCGGCACUGAGUCGGAAGAAGGACGGGGCUCCGUGUGUAGACUUCUGGGAGAGCGCAGAGACCGUGUCACAGCUCGACACGAUUCGCACUUGGAUCGGGAAGCACUACAAAAAGUAUGUGCAGGUUGAUGCUCCUUCCAGCAAGUCUCUCUCAGCGCUGGUCAUCCAGCUCCAGCAGUUUCAGGAGGAUGUGUUUGGUCAUAAAGCAAGUGACCCAGGCCUCACUAAACUGCCGGUAAAGUGUUUCUUAGACAUGAAGCCAGGAGGUGCUCUCUGUCACAUCCUUGGCUCUGUGUACAAGUUUAAAACAGAGCAGGGCUGGCGUCGCUUCGACCUGCAGAAUCCGUCCCGCGUGGACCGCAAUAUAGAGAUGUUCGUCAGUGUGGAGAAAACACUGGUACAGAAUAAUCUUCUGAGCAGGCCUGUGGUGUACCUGUCACCUGAGCUGGACCAGAAGCAGGCCAGCAAACUCAAAGACAUCAUCAUGCGACACAAGGGUUCGGUCACGGAGGACAGGUUACAGGCCACCCAUCAAAUUUACCCUACUCCCACCUCGGUAGAUGAAGAAGAUUGGUUCAGACCUGUUAUGCGGCUCAAUCAACACGUGCUGGUACACUGGGGCAUGUAUCCAGAUAGUUAUGAUACGUGGCUGUCAGCCAGUGAUGUUGACGUGGAUGUAGAGGAAGCCCACACUUCAGAACGACCCUGGAAGGUGCAUGUUAAGUGGGUUCUCGACACAGACACAUUCAAUGAGUGGAUGAACGAGGAAGACUAUGAGGUGGAUGACAGCAAAAGGAGCGUGAGUUACCGGAGGCGCAUCUACCCCAGAGAUGAGGAGGAAAGCAAGACUUCGGGGAAGAAGAGAAGGCGCUCCCCCUCUCCACCCACAUCUGAGUCCAGGAAGAAAGGAGGGAAAAAGGGUUCGUAUAAGAGGCGUGGCCAACAGGAAGAGGUGGAGCCAGAAGAAGACCUGACUAAAGACAUGGAGGACCCAACACCGGUGCCUAACAUGGAGGAGGUCAAACUGCCUAAAAAUGUAAACCUGAAGAAAGACAGUGAGAACACACCAGUGAAGGGAGGAACCAUGGCUGACUUGGAUGACCAGGAAGACGAGUUCCUGUCUGGAGUCAGGGAUGAGGAGGAUCAGGGACGGGAGUUCGGCCGUGGGCUGGAAGGAGAGGAGAGUGCCACAGAGCAGACUCACCAUAUCAUCAUACCCAGCUAUGCCUCUUGGUUUGACUACAACUGUAUUCAUCGGAUAGAGAGGAGAGCACUGCCCGAGUUCUUCAACGGGAAGAACAAGUCCAAAUCCCCAGAGAUAUAUUUGGCAUAUCGUAACUUCAUGAUUGACACGUAUCGGCUUAACCCUCAGGAGUACUUGACCUCCACCUCCUGCAGACGUAACCUUACAGGAGAUGUGUGUGCCCUUAUGAGGGUCCAUGCAUUCCUGGAGCAGUGGGGUCUGAUAAAUUACCAGGUGGAUGCUGAGAGCAGACCUCUUCCUAUGGGCCCUCCACCUACACCUCACUUUAAUGUUCUCACAGACAUUCCCACAGCCCUGGUCCCUCUACAGCACAGACCAUUACAGGUUUCAGCCUCUCAGCAUAUGCUCCAUUUCCCAGAGAAAAGCAGAGAAAAGCCUUCAGACCUUCAAAACUUUGGCCUACGAACCGAUAUUUACGCAAAGAAGCAUCCCAAGACUAAAGGAGCAAACGCAGGACGCGAGUGGACAGAACAAGAAACUCUGUUGCUUUUGGAGGCAUUAGAGAUGUAUAAAGAUGACUGGAAUAAGGUCUCUGAGCAUGUGGGUAGCCGCACACAGGAUGAGUGCAUCCUGCAUUUCCUGCGCUUGCCCAUAGAGGACCCGUACUUGGAGAACUCGGAAGCUUCAAUGGGCCCCCUCGCCUACCAGCCUGUUCCCUUUAGCCAGUCGGGAAACCCAGUCAUGAGCACCGUGGCUUUCCUCGCCUCCGUUGUGGACCCCAGAGUGGCCUCUGCUGCUGCCAAGGCAGCCCUGGAGGAGUUCUCUCGCGUUCGAGAACAAGCUUCUCCAGAGCUGCUCAAUCCCCCCAUCCUCAAAAUCCAAGAUCCUGCACAGAGUUUAGCAGAACUUGAGCCCACCUUUGGAAUGCAGUCAAGUAACACGUCUGGACCCGAAGCAGACCAGCUAGAAAAGACUGAUGGAACCCAACUGGAAAAGCUGGAGUUUGACACAGAACACCAUGAAAAGCCAAUGGGGGAAAACAGUGCAGGAGAGGGAGAGCGAGUAAAGAAUGAAGAAAAAGAUGAGACUGAAGAGGAGAAAGGAGAGGAGAGUAAAGCAGGUGGUGAAGAGGAAGGGUUGGAAGUGGUCCAGACACAAGGGGAACAUGGGGAGAGAAGGAGGAGGGCGGAACUUGAAUUGGUUGAAGCAAAUAUUGCCACAGCAGCUGCAGCUGCCCUGGCCUCCGCUGCCACCAAGGCCAAACACUUGGCUGCUGUGGAGGAAAGGAAGAUUAAGUCUCUUGUGGCACUGCUGGUAGAGACUCAGAUGAAGAAGCUGGAGAUAAAGCUGAGGCACUUUGAGGAGCUGGAAACCAUCAUGGACCGGGAGAAAGAGGCUCUGGAGCAGCAGCGACAGCAGUUGCUGUCAGAGAGGCAGAACUUCCACAUGGAGCAGGUGAAGUACGCUGAGCUAAAGGCACGCCAGCAGCUGGAACAGCAGCAGGGAGGAGCCUCGCAGAGCAGUGGGCCUGCGUUUAACCCUCUACAUCACGGUCGUGCAGUGGGCAGUGGAGCAGCGGGGCAGAUGAUGGGCUCGCAGCACACCGGUGCUCCUAAUGGCACAUACCCAACUCCACCUUCCUCCCAGUCUGAAGGGGCCACGCCUGUUUCUCGGCCCCCGAUGGACAGCUGAAGUCACAUCCUUUAGCGACCGAUCAUCUGCCUGGGUAUCUGAUUACAGUGUUACUGCGUCCACCAAGCUGUCAGUCAUAUAUCAUACAGUUCAGUUCACCAGUGAACAUGUCAAAACUUUAGUCAUUUGUAAAUGGUGUUUUAUGCUACAGUAAAUUUAAACAUUCAUAUUUGUCGCUUUUUGGUGAGAACUAAAUGUUUGUAGCUCGAUUUUGUAUUGAAUGACAUCCAGCUCUCAUGCCAAUAAAUUUUUUUAAAUAAAACUAUUUAAUUGCCUCA